AUGGACAUGAAGCGAGCUCUGCACUUGCAGGAGAAGAAGACCGACCUGGAUGCAGCUGUGAGCAGCCUCACGAAGUCCUUGAAGAUGCAGAGAGCACGAAUGGCCACCACGCUCCAUGAGCUGGGCUUGGUGUGCAUGGAGAAGGGCGACCUGGAUGCAGCUGCGAGCCACCUCACCGAGUCACUCAGCCUGAUGAGAGCUGUCCAUGGAAAGGGAGUUCACCGAGAAGUGGCUUUCACCCUCCAUGACUUGGGCGUGGUGUUCAGGGCGAAGGGCGACUUGGAUGCAGCUGCGAGCCACCUGACCGAGUCCUUGAGCAUGAAGCGAGCAGUGUACGGACAGGGAUCUCGCCGAGAAGUGGCUUUCACGCUCCAUGAGCUGGGUGUGCUGUUCAGGGCGAAGGGCGACCUGGAUGCAUCUGCCAUCCACCUCACCGAGUCCCUGACCAUGAUGCGAGAAGUGCAUGGAGAGGGAGCUCACGGAACAGUGGCCAUCACGCUCCAUGAGCUGGGCAUGGUGUACAUGGAGACUGGCGACCUGGAUGCAGCUGCGAGCCACCUCACCGAGUCCCUCAGCAUGAAGAGAGCCGUGUACGGACAGGGAGCUCACCGUGAAGUGGCUACCACGCUCCACGAGCUCGGCGUGGUGUUCAGGGCGAAGGGCGACCUGGAUGCAGCUGCAAGCCACCUCACCAAGUCUCUCAGCUUGAUGAGAGAAGUGCCUGAAGAGGGAGCUCACGGAAAAGUGGCCAUGACACUCCAAGAGCUGGGCAUGGUGUACAUGGAGAAGGGCGAUCUGGACGCAGCUGCGAGCCAUCUCACCGAGUCCCUCAGCAUGAAAAGAGCAGUGUACGGACAUGUCGCAAACCGAGAGGUGGCUUUGACGCUCCACAAGUUGGGCGUGGUGUGCAAGGAGAAGGGCGACCUGGAUGCAUCUGCGAGCCACCCCACCGAGAAACGGUUCGGCUGCAGCGCCCUGCAGCUGGAAGUGAGACGCCAGGGUCUGGAGGUCACUCGGAGGUCGUUAGUGAGCAAGGCCAUAAAGUUAGUGAGCAAGGUCAUAAAGUUAAUGAGCAACGUCAUACAGUUAGUGAGCAAGGUCAUAAAGUUAGUGAGCAAGGUCAUAAAGUUAAUGAGCAAGGUCAUAAAGUUAGUGAGCAAGGUCAUAAAGUUAGUGAGCAAGGCUAUAUGCGAGCAGAAUGGCGUUACCUACUUCGCGGUGGAUGUCACGCACAUGACGCGCGGCACCUGGCGCGUCUUGCGCCGAUACCGGAAUUUCGACCAGCUGAGAUACGAAGUAAAUGUCCGCUACCCCUUCCCCGGAAAGCAUUGGUUCGGCUGCACUGGCGCAAACUUGGAGGCGCGACGAAGGGGUUUGGAGGCCUUCACCAACUACGUAGCAUUGAGGUUUACCCACCAUGGAGUGCCAGCGCACUUGAACAACAUCAUGCAUGCCUUCCUGGAGAACGGGGCCGUUCAGCUUGCCGCGCCUCCCGCGGCACAGGGAGCCUAUCCUGCCCUUGCGGCCGCUCCGAGCGCUCCCGGCGCUUCUGCGCCCUUAGCUCCGGCCAUGGGCCAGGUCCUGGAGGUCCUGCCCCAGAACCCCACGGCGCCGGCAGCACCGGCAGCGCCAACAGCGCCGGCGGCCCCAGCAGGUCCCGUGGCCCCCCCAGCAGCUCCUGCAGCUCCGGCGCCUCCCACCCAGCAGCAGCUGCUCCUGAGCAUCCCCGUGCCCGAUGGCGUGAAGCCGGGUCAGCUUUUGGGAGUCCGGGUGCCGGAUGGUCGAGAGUUGACCGUCACCGUCCCCCCGAACUGCGGCCAGCAGCUCCAGGUUGCUUUCGACCCCUCUGCUGGCAGCCUCACGGUGGUCGAUAACGCGGCUGGGCCUCCGGCCACCGAAGGGCAAGGGCCCUCGGACGACGUUUUCAGCAUCGCCGUCCCGAUGGGAGUUCAACCCGGGCAGACCCUCGAGGUGCUGGUCCACGGUCGGCGGCUUCUCUUGACGCUGCCACCCGGAAAAGGCGCAGAAUCCACCCUCUGCUGUCUCAUGGCCUCGAUCUGUGUCGAAGUCAGCCUACUGAGCGGCAGAACGGCAAAGAUCACCCGAGAAGCCCAAUGCUCCCUUGAGGAGUUCAAACAAGAGGCCUUGGAGACUCUGGAGAUGUGCGCCGGGGUGCUGCUGACCACUUCCGGCGAGCUGCUGUGCCAGGGAACCCUUGAGGGAGCCGGCUUGAAGGAUGGAGAUGUGGUCCUACUGCAGCAGCGGCAGGCCGACAUCUUAGAUUCCUUGGAGCUUGACUGUCAGCUCAGCCAUCGCAGAGGAGCCUCCAUACAGGCACCCGAACGGUUCGCGAUUCUGGACCUGGUGGCACAAGGUGCGUAUGGCGUGGUGUGCUCGGCUCGCGAUGAGAUCACGGCUGACAUGGUUGCCAUCAAGAAGAUGCGGGCUUUCGAAUCGAACAUGGGAGCUUUAGAUGUUGAGACUCUACGCAACGCACGACAGGAACUCAAGGAGUUGAGGCUCUUGCGACACUUCCAUCACGAGAACAUCCUUGAUUUGAGAUACGUUUUCUUCCCGGGUUCCAAGAUGACUUUUCAGCACCUCUACUCUGUCUCUGAGCUUAUGGAAACAGACUUGCAAGCAAUCCUCAAGAGCUCCCAGAGUCUUCUUGACCAGCACUGCCAGUUCUUCUCCUACCAAAUUCUUCGGGGGCUGAAGUUCAUGCACUCUGCUGGUGUGCGUCAUCAAGACUUGAAGCCGCGAGUGUUGCUGGUGAACCGCAACUGCGACUUGAAAAUCUCAGGCCUCUCGCUGGCCGCACUGGGUCUUGAGGAGAUAGGCGAAGGCCUCCCGCGCUACGACGAAUAUCCUUAUGUCGCCAACCAGUGGUACCGAGCACCCGAGGCGCUUUGUCAUUGUACCGGAAAUGUAUAUGGCCCUGCCAUCGAUAUCUGGGGGGUCGGAGUGAUUCUUGGCGAGAUGUUCGCACGUCGGCCCGUUUUUCCUGGAAAGAACGUGCAGCACCAGCUGACAUUGAUUCUGCAGGGCUUGGGCCUCAGGAAGGAGGAAUCAUCUCUGAGUUGGAUCAAGAAACCAGAGAUGCGGAAGUUUGUGGAGUCACUAACCCCGUCGGUGAACCGCAAGGCUUUCUGCGACGCCUUGGGUCCCAUCUCGCCUUCGGCGAUGGAGCUUUUGGAUGCCCUGCUGCAGUUUGAUCCUCAGCAGCGGGUCUCCGCCGAGCAAGCCUUGAACUGGAGCUACUUCGGCGAGUUUGCGGGCACGGAUCUGCGCUGUCCGGAGGACAUGGCCAGCUCGGAGAAGACUAACACUGCAUGCGAUGCACAGGAACAAGGUGGUGUUAAGUGCAAAACACCUCCUCGCAGCUCGGCAGAGGUUGAGCCAGACCCUGUACCCGCGUCAGAUGCCGAAUCGCCGGACGAGCCAGAACAUACACCCGCGUUUGACGCCGGACCGCCGGUCUGCUCGCACAAGCGAGUCCUUCGCCGGCAAACCUGGAAGGCGAAGAGAAAGCAUCACCGCGGCCGAGACACUGCUGCAUCCGUGAAGAUGAAGGAUGGCAGAGUGGUCCAUCGAUGUGGCACCCGGCGCUGCUGCCGACCGCCGCCAGCUGGCGCAAGGCAGGCCGCCCCACGGGCACAGAGCAAUCAUGACGUCGCGACCACAUGUGUCCUGCCGACAAGCUCGCCACAGGUGCAACGCCGUGAACGCAAGAGCCCAGAUGGUCGCUUCAUGCGACGCCACGCCCGGCAAGGCCUCGCGCGACGUAGCGAGGACUCGCCGCCGGGCUUCGGCGUCCGUCCGGCUGUCGGGAAUGCGCAGGCUGGCGGCAGUCGCUUCUUCCUAUCAAGACGCGAACGCAACCGACGUCAGCACGCUCUGAACGGGAACAUGCCGCGGUCUCAAAAGGAUGUUUGGCCGCGCCUGCGGCCGUCGAAUCCUGUCAUCGUGGAACUGGACCUGGAGACUGACGAGAGGAUCUAUGAGUCGAGUCUCGAGAAGAUAGACGUGAGCACGGAGUCCACCGAGGAUCCAGUCUAUGCCAAGCCUGACACUGCGGAGUUGCAAUCCGUGUCGAUGAAAUGUGCCCAGAACUGCAACGUCUUGGAUAGAUUGCAUCAGUUGCGGAAGCCUCCUGCACACGAAGCCGCACGUCCUUUGAUAGUCGAUCCCAGCUAUCCUCGUAUGGAGGCUCCAGAGGACGUGGAAAUCUUCUCGCCUACUGAGGGACCAGACAUCACCGUGCGUGGAAUGGCUGCGGAUCCAGAUGCUGAGGAGCGAAUUUCACUUGCUGGCCUAUAG